AUGCCAGCGUCGCAGAGCGACCCCCCUACCCUCCCGGCUUUGGCCGAGGAGGUCAAGGACUUGGACUCGUUCAUGCUCGUAAUGAACAAAUUAACAAUCUGCGUAAACACUGCUAUCAGCGAGGGAAAGAGCGUUUCCGCGGCCAAUAAGAAGCUCAUCAAUCUGGCCAUGGAGGAUAUAAGACGUUCCACCCGCAACCUAAACACCGUUAUUGCGUCAACAACCCCAUCUGCACUAGGAGAAAUAAAGGAGGAGUUGCUUUCAUGCGUGAAAAACGAAAUGGCAGACUUCAAAAAAGAUGGUGACUGCCUCACAAGCGCGGCCAUCUUAUGCCCAAGCAGCUGCUUCCACUUGUGGUGGCAGGACUCCUGCGAUUAA